GUUUGGAGCCGCAGAUCCCAUUGGAGAAAGCCGAGGCUGUGAUGCCGGGAAGGGAGAUUUUCCAUCGGCAGCCGUCCGGCUCUGCCCGUACCGGCAGCUCGGGUGCGGUGUCCAAAGGUCACCAGCAGCACACAGAGCCUCCAGCCCCAGCGGCAUUCCCAAAACUGGGAAUUCCUUGCAAUGAAGGAUGAAGGAUCUCACCAGCUUUGGGAGCACGGCAAAGGCAGGGGGCAAAGCCCGCUAGUAGGACAUGACCCUUAAACUCUGUCUCUAAAGCUUAGCCUAUAGGUAUAUAAGAUCCAUAGAGCUUAAACCCGGGGUUGGCGUUUAGUCUAAGCUGGGGUUUGGCUUCGUGUCGCUCCAUCCUGUUCAGUCCUGUGCUUGUUUUAACUCAUUGACCUGGUUUUCUUGUCGCCGCCGGCGUGAGGCAGGGCUUUGCCAAAACCCCACCUCGGGCUUGGUAAAGAGCUUUGGGGGGCUCUGCUUGGAGGAGGGGAGCCACCAGCACCCCCCAAAACCUCUCCUCCAGCCCCUUCCCAAGCGUUGGAAGGGGUUGGGGGGGGCACCAAGGUGGUACAUCGGGGGGGGGUUGCUCCGAUGAGUCCCUGGUUGGAAGCGGUGCCGGCUCGGCCGUCACCGCCGCCUCGGGGCCUCGCAGGUGUUUUCCAGUCCACCAAGAAGCUGUUCCUGAGCGAGCGGAAGGGAUGGGGUCGGAGCAGGGCGCUGGAAUUCAUCCGGAGGAACGCUGCCAACGGGCUCUCGGUGGCCAACCUGGUGGCCGGGCUCUCGUCCAUCCUCUGCAGCCUCAACAGGCAGCACCACCACUCCUGCUGGCUCUUGCUUGUGGGCUUCCUCCUGGAUCUGGCUGACGGUGCCGUCGCCCGGCGCCUCAACGCCUGCUCGGCACUGGGUGCCAAGCUGGAUGAUUUUGCCGAUUUCACCACGUUCGGGUUGGCCACGGCGCUGCUGCUGCAGCCGCAGGGGGUGCUGAGCGCGGCGCUGGCCCUCGCCUAUGUGCUGGCUGUGUUCACCCGCCUCUGCUUCUUCUCCAGUGGGAUCCCCUUCACCUACCGGGGAGUGCCCUGUCCCUAUGCAUCCUCCCUGCUGGCGGGCACCUUCCUGCUGUCCGGGGGCAACGCCGCCCUGCUGCAGGUCACCGCUGGCAUCAUGAUCCUCUUCAUGCUGGACCGGGGUUGCUACCCCCAUGACAAGGUGCUGGAGUCCCAGCUCUGGAAGAAAGUGGUUUAUGCUGGAGGGGUGGCUGCUGUCCUCUUCUCGCCAGCCACGGUGGCUUCCAUCUAUUGCCUCGCCUGGUCCAUGUCCUACAUCGUGUUCCCCUUUGCCAUCUGGAGCUGCAAAGCCCAACCCCUGCCUAACACCUACUAAAGCCUUCCUCCUCCUC